UUAACAUGUAUUUUCAGGAGGAGGAGGAAGAGGAGAUGGGGAGAGGAAGAGUUCAGCUGAAGAGGAUAGAGAACAAGAUCAGUAGGCAAGUCACCUUCUCCAAGAGGAGAUCUGGAUUACUCAAGAAAGCUCAUGAGAUUUCUGUGUUAUGUGAUGCUGAAGUUGCUCUAAUUGUCUUCUCCACUAAAGGAAAGCUCUUUGAGUAUGCUACUGAUUCCAGUAUGGAUAGGAUUCUGGAAAGAUAUGAGAGGUAUUCAUAUGCAGAGAAACAACUCACUGCAACUGGCUCAGAACCACAGGAAAUCUGGUCUCUUGAUUACCCAAAGCUCCAGGCCAGGAUUGAAGUCCUGCAGAAGAACAUUAGGCGCUAUGCAGGGGAGGAUCUUGAUCCACUAAGCGUAAGAGAACUGCAGCACCUGGAGCAGCAGAUUGACACCUCUUUGAAGAGAAUCCGUAAACGAAAGAACCAACUCAUGCAUGAAUCCAUUUCCAACCUUCACAAAAAGGAGAGGUCGUUGCAAGAGCAAAACAACUUGUUGGCUAAGAAACUGAAAGAAAAAGAGAAGCCAAUACUUGCACCAGAAGGAGGACAGUCGGAGGAAGCAAAUAUAUCUCAGAAUUCAUCCCUGCCCUUCAUGUUGCCUCCUCAAUCCCAGCCAUCCCCAUCUUUGCUCCUGGCUUCUCUCGCCAUCGGGGGUAGCAGUUUCCAAGGACAACAAGGGGGAAGGCAGCCAACAACUGCAUUGGUGCCGCCAUGGAUGCUUCACCAAUGAAUAAUGAAAAUAAUAAAAUCAAAUAAUAAUAGACAUGUUAUGUCUCUCUGUCUGCUUUAAUUUGCUUGCUAGUAACUGUAAUAUUUUUAAGAUACCAUCAUGAUCAU